GAUUAAUGGAUCUAAGGUACAUAGUUAUUGUAUUAAAAUAAACGACACUGGACCACAUGAGAAGUAUAGGAAAAUAACUAAAAGUCAUUUAGAUAAUAUUAAUUGGUUUGUAGUUAUCAGGAAAAUUGUGUUUUAAUCGGUUCAUUAAUUUCGUGGCGGCCAUAUUUUGUGCGUUAUAUUUUGUAUCAAACAUUUUUCCGUUAACAGUAAUACGUGAUAUAUACACCCGGUGAAUUAUCCAAAAUGGGCUGUGAACUGACCAAAAUGAUUAAGUCCGAGCCCCAUGAUCUCAUGAACCAGCCGCCACCGCCUUCGGAUCCUCGAUGUCCUUUGACCACGAAGCAGCAGUACUGCAUGCUGGCUUCAUGGAAAGGUAUCUUCAGACAGAUCGAAAAGACUGGCGUAUUAUUGUUUAUCAAACUAUUCGAAGAGAACGAAGACCUACUGCAUCUAUUCGAGAAAUUCCAAGAACUUCGGACCACGGAGGAUCUCUCUCAAUCCGAAGAGCUAGCGGAGCACGCCAACAAAGUGAUGCACACCCUGGAUGAGGGGAUCAAGGGCUUAGGAGAUAUUGACACAUUCUUGGCGUACAUACAGCAUGUAGGUGCCACUCAUCACCAAGUCCCUGGAUUUAAGGCAGAGAACUUCUGGAAAAUCGAGCAGCCCUUCCUUCAAGCGGCCAAAACAACUCUUGGCGAGAGGUACACGGCAAACGUAGAGAACAUUUACAAGCUCACGAUCAAAUUCAUCCUUGAGAAUCUAGUGAAAGGAUACGAGGACUCGGCCGGGAAAGAAAUCGGGAACAACGAGACCACGUAGUCCCGGCCAACAGUGAUCUUUGUGUAAAAAACCUUUCGAAACCAUCUUGAGUCUUUUGCUCAUUUAUACUUUUAUGAAAAUCGUAAAAGAAAUAAACCGCAUAACGAAGAUGCUUAAAGACUCCUAUUUGUAAUCAGGGGAAUUGUUUCAUCAUCAUCAUCAUUCUUUCCUAUUACCCUCUGCUGGGGUGUAGGGCUCGAAUCAAAUUUUUCCAUUUAUAUCGGUCUUGGGCAGACUGUUCUAGCUCCUCCCACGUCAUGCCCAAGACCCCUAGCUCCUGCUCCACCGAGCGACGCCAAGUUGUUCUGGGGCGGCCUCUGGGAAAUUGUUUGGUUGAAUUUAAAACUCUUGUCAGAAUACUGUGUGUUUAAUAAUAUCUGUGUACAGGAUCAGUAUUAUUUUGUUAGGCUGACCAUGAAACAAAAAUAGUUAAAGUUUUUCGAAAAUAGCAUCAACGCUAUAUUUCAAUGUCUCGCAACCCUAAUGAAACUUCUAUCAGAACAUUUCAUUUUAUUUAUCAAUAAUAAUUGUGUGCGAGUAUUUUUUGCGUAUAAACUUCGUCUCUGUUUAAUUUGAGGCCUGUAUAUUUAAAGUUUCGUACCAAAGCUUUCUCUGAUAAUUUUUAUUACGAUCCUAAACAUAUUAAAAUCACUGAGGCUAAUACGUAUUAUAACGACUAUAGAUACAAUAGUUCCCACAGACUUGUUGGUUAUUGAAAUAACAAUUAAAAAUCCCUAUGGAAUAAUAAAACUGAACUGUUUUUGUUCGGCGCGUAAUGUAACGCUAUCAAAAGUCAGUUCACGCGUAAGGUCAACGUCCUAGCCAUCGCUAGUGACGCAGGAGCCUAGCUUUGCGAUUAUCACAUUACACAAUUGGAACUUACUAAGAUGAAUUAAAGUAUUUAAUAAGCUUAGCUGAGAAUCUUAUUAACGACAUUCAGUUUAUUGUUUUUCCUUUGUAUUCUUAAUUCUCAACGUUUGGGCCUCGAGUAUAAUUUGUACACUCUAUAAUGUAAUGGUCAAGCAAUGUAAUUUAAACAAAUUUUGUAUUACAUAAACACGCUUAAUAUUAUAAUUUAGAUUUAAAUGAUGAAGAAAAUGUUCGAUUUUAUAAGGUUAGCGUUUAUUUUUAAUUGAGUUUCAUAGUUAGUAAUCAUUCAUGUAUAAAUCGGUGAAAGUGAAUCUAUGAUCACGUGAUUGUGGAAAGGACUUUUUUUUUUCGAUAAUUUUUUAAUAGAAAAUUUAAAGGCAUAAGAAAGAAAGGCAAAAGAAUAAGAAGCACAAUCAAGAUGGUCACGUUUUGAAUGAACGAUAUAAUAAAUGAACUUUAAACAAUUUUUUUAUUGCUUAGAGGGAUGGGUGACUUCGUGGCUCAUUUGAUGCUCAGUGAUUACCGGAACUCAUAGACAUCAGCAACAAAAUUAACGCCACCCGCUUUGAGACAUGAGUUCUUUUUUUUUUUUUUUUUUUUUUUAUGAUUGAGGGAUUACUGGUGGCCCGGAGGCCUUUCCAGUUUCACCAGGACAGGUGGGCGAGCAAAGGCUCAGCCAGGAGGGGUGGGAUUUGCUAACAGCUACCCGAGCGCCUCCGAAGGAGACCUAACAACUCAAGAGUAGCUGCAUCGCGAAUGAAUCUACUACCGGAUCGGAAUCGCGACCCGCUGAGAAGAUCCGGCGAGAAACUCAGCGAGCUGAUUCAUGGGUUAGGUUGCACGGCGAACUCUUUGUCGAGUUCGACGAGUACGGUUACCGAGGUCCCUAAGCCUGCUCCUAGAGCUGAAGGCGUCUAGUGCAAAGGUUAUUGGAUCUGAUGGAUCCGUAAGGACGUGUCUAGGGCGUCGACGGUGACUGGCUCCUGCAUGAUCAGGAUUCGGGGAGUAGUCAGCGGCGGCUACGAUAAGGCGAUUAUCAUGACGCAUAGCCUUAUCGAAGUACCGUUCCGACGCUGACUUCAUGUAUUUCUGUAUAGAUUCGAGGCCCAGGUCGUCGUGUAGGUCAACGUUCCUCACGAACCACGGAGCUCCGACGGCUAACCUGCAAAAGCGGGAUUGUAGAGAUUGAAGGGUGUCUAUGUGUGUACGGGCCGCGUGAGCGAACACCACACUCGCGUAAGUCAUGACAGGCCUUAUGCAAGUUUUGUAAAGUGUCACCUUGUUCCGAAGGGACAUUUUACUCCGCUUACAGAUCAUGGGGUAGAGUCUACCGAGAAUAAACGCGGCACGGUCACGGACUGAUUUUAUAUGCGGGCGGAAUGUCAUCGAUGCAUCCAGGGUAACGCCCAGGUACUUGACCUUCCUGGCCCAGGGUAUGGAUUGACUAAAGAGAGUAAUCGGGGGUGUGAGAUUCCUCCUCCUAAUACGGGAGGAAAUCCGUGUGGAGCUUCCCCUCUGAAAUAGCACCGCAGUACUUUUCGCUGGGUUGAUGUCUAUGCGCCAUUUUCGGAACCACUGUCCUAGGGCUAGGGCUGCGCUCUGAAGCUUCUUCGCGAUUAGGGAUUUGUUUCUACUGGAAUAGUAAACAGUCGUGUCGUCGGCGAAUAAAGCUAAAUGGGUCGGCGGCGACCGGGGAAUAUCGUUAACGAAUAAGCUAAAUAGGAGGGGUGAGAGGACAGAGCCUUGCGGGACUCCAGCUGUGAGAGGUCGUGGGGAGGAGCGGGUUCCCUCGACUCGAUAUCGAAAAGAGCGGUUCGACAAGAAGUCCCGUAUGAUGAGCACGAGACUAUCCGGCACACCCAUGUUGAAUAGUUUGAAAAUCAAACCGUUGUGCCAGACUUUGUCGAACGCUUUUGCGACGUCGAAGAAGAGAGCUCCCGUGUAUAACGGUUUUGGUCGAUUAAGCCCCACAAGAAUGUGCUCCGUGAGGCGGUGCACCUGUUGAACGCAUGAGUGAUUUGUACGGAAUCCGAAUUGUUCAUCGAUGAGAAUGCUCUUGGAUGAGACGAAGUCUCUGAGGCGUUUGUAGAGCAGACGCUCAUACAGUUUGCCUAGAGACAUGAGGAGGCUGAUCGGGCGGUAGCUCGUCGGAUGAUUUUUUGGUUUACCAGGUUUAUGUAUGCCGAUAACGUCCGCUUCUUUCCACACCGCGGGAAAGAUACAGUUCGCCAUAGCGGCAUUGAAAAUAGAUGCCAACAUCACGAUGAGUUGGACGGGUAGAAGUUUAAUAACGCGGUUGGAUAUACCGUCGGAACCGGGAGCCUUGCGAGGACGUAGGUCUUUGAUCAAGUCUUUAACUUCCAUCGGGGUGACGGGUGGUAACGCAUCCGAGGGUGGCAAGGAGGCUCUGCGUUCUACCUCACUGUCUACUAAUUCUACAUGAACAGGGUCCACGGAUUGAGUGCUGGGCGUACACUGGGUUUGCAAUGUAUCGGCCAGCAGCUCUGCUUUUUCGUCAUCAUCGAACGCCGAGAGUCGGCCUGAGGGGCCUACGAGGGGGGGCAUAGUUACUACCGUAUCCGAUUUGAGAGUACGAGCUAAGCGGUAGUAAGACCUUUGGGAGGGCGCGAGUCCUUCUAAGAAAUCAGACCAUCUGGCAUCUCGGACUUCGGCGAUGCGAGACUUUACGUCGCGUUGUAGGGCACGCAUUCGAAUACGAUUUUCCGCGGUAGGAUACCUGUCGUAGGCGCGUAUUGAGGCGUUCUUAGCUCUUAGGAGCUCCCUAAUAUCGUCAGACAAUUUGAAGCGGUGAAGGAAGUCCUCCGCUACAACUUGUUUCGAUGACCUAUCUAAUGUCGAGGUGAUGUGUGACGUUAAGAUGUCUAUGGCUUCAGCGGUAUCCUGAGGAGACGGGGUAGAGUCCAGGCUAAACGGGAGCGAUGGUGGAUCAGAUUCAGCCAGGCUGACGCCCAGCGUGUGCCAAUCCACCACAGUCCUCGUGACGGGAACGGAAUCGGGAGCGCGACCGAGCUUCAUAACGACGGGACGGUGGUCUGAAUCUAACUCUGAAACUACUUCGAUCGAGUGUAAGCGCAGAGUUACGUUUUUUAAUAACGCUAUGUCGAGUAUAUCCGGGCGAUGCGCGAUAUUUAGCGGGUAGUGAGUCGGGGUUAGCGGAGCGACGAUAUCGAAGGCGAGAUCAUCAACUAACGCGUCAAGCCGCCUGCCAUUCGGGGUUGUGGUGUGUGAGUUCCACCUGAUGUGUUUACAAUUUAGGUCGCCCGCCAGAAUGACAGAGCUUCCCAUGCCGAGCAGCGCCUCGAUAUCACUGCUUAGAACGAUCUUAUCCGGUGGAAGAUAAACGGACGCGAUAACGAUCGGCGCGUGUCCCGUCAGUGAGAUACGGCACACUGAUGCUUCGAUAUUAGCGAGCGCGGGAGGAUCGAGCGGGACGCAAUGCAGGGCUCUUCUAUAGUAAAUGACGGUGCCACCACCACGAGCAGAGAGCCUGUCGUUCCUGACCAUGUUAUAGUUCGCGAUUUUAGGGUCACGGCGCGCGGGCUUAAGUAGGGUCUCCUGCACUAAAAAUAUAUCAAUUUGAUGGUCACGCAAAAAGUCAGAAACCUGAUCACGUUGAUUUGCGAGACCGUAAGCGUUAAAAAAUCCUAUCGUUACGGAUAGGGGCUUUAUUCUACUUAUAUACGCCAUUGAUUACCGGCGGAGUGAGGGGAGGACGUACGUAUUUAAUGACGCGUAUACGUCGGCGUAUUCUUGCACAACGGCGAUAAAGUGUUGUGCAGUGGAGGCAGCGCGAAUGGCGUCGCCCAAAGCGUUAACGCGCUCAAAGUUGAUCGACUGAAAGAAGUCGAUCGCUAAAGCGAGAUUGUCGGACGCGGUCGGAGGGCAAGUCGCGGGAGAGGGACGAGUCGCGGGGGCGGGACGAAUCGCGGAGGAGGGAGUUGUAGCCGUGUUCGUGUACGGCAGCGGUUUCGCCCAGGCCGAGACACUGGGCACCGGCGCCGGAACGAACGCUGGCUUAGCCUGCGACACAGAGGGUGCCGAGGCUUUGAUGUCUGGGCCGGAAGCUCGGAGGCGGUUUUGGCGGGCGACGCGGCGAUUUAUUUUAGGGGCUCGGGGGCAUCCGCGGUAAUUUGCGGGGUGACCCUGUGUUCGACACAGGACGCAGCUAGGCGGUUCCGUCGCGGUUUUUUGAUCGCGAGUGCAUAGGGCCGUGGCGUGAUCGCCUAAACACUUGACGCAUCGGGGGCGCGCGUGACAGUUACGGGAAGAAUGCCCGUAUAAUUGGCAGUUAUGGCACUGGCUAGGUGUGCCUUUCUUGUGUGGGGUUUCGACGGCGAUUCCGGAAAGGCUACAGACCGUUCGGAUGUUGAAUAUUUGCUUACCCUCGGGGGUAGGCUGGAGGGCGACGAGAACCAUAUUAUAUGGCUCCCUUCCGCGGCCUGUGUGCAUGCGGUGUACGGAGUUAACCGGUAGGCCUUGUUCGAGAAGGUCGGCCUUGACGAGCUCGGCAUCCAACUCUUUAGGGAUGCCACGUAUAACGGCACGGAGUUCGCGCUCCUCCUGGAGCGUAUAUGUGUGGAAACUUAUACGCUCCUUACGGAGGUAAGAAGAGAGGGCCCUAUGGUCGUCGGGUGUUCGAACCUUAAUUUGAAUGCCGUUCGCGAGGUUACGGGCAUUCGUGAAAUUGAUAUUUUUGGCCUUAAGGGCCAGGGAAACUCGUUUCCAAGCUGCCUUCUCUUGAAGGAUUACCGGGGGAGGGGUCUGAGUUUUAUUUUGUGCCACCGGACGCGGCGACGGAGUGGCACGGGCUGGAGGCGCAACGGGAGUCUGAGGGCGGGGGCGCGACGCGUUCGCGGCUUUGCUAAUUUUAGCGGCCGCGGAAGCUCGAGACUCCGCGGCACGCUUCUUACCCUUUUGCACCAGGGUGAAUCCAUCCGUCGAUGAGGCGGGGGCGAGGUCGACCUCCAUCUCCGAGUCAGAGUCGGAGGACGAGGAGGCGGGCGCAGGUGACCUACGAGUAGGUGUUUUGGAGGGCGCGACGGAGGCCGCGGAUGAUCGCGCUGCUGGAACGGUGACUACGGCGGACGACGCAGCAGUUUUACUCGCCAGUAUAGGCGACGCGGGAACGGCAGGCACGACGGAGGCUGCGGUGCUCGAUGCAGAAGCUUUGCACGAAGGUACAGGCGACGCAGGAGCAGCGAGCUCGGCGGAGUCCACGAGAGGGCUCGCUGUGUGAUCGGCCUUGAAGGCCUGAAACUCGGAAGUGAGCUUUGGGUAGCGAAGCCGGAGAAAUUCUGCAAAUACAGCGUCCAUGAUGUCUACGUGCCCAGGUGGGGCUACCCUGGGUCUUAGAAAACACUCGCCUUGCGGCGAGGCCCCAACUUCUCGGACCUGAGCGGUUCUAUUGAACACAGGUGGCGAUGCGGCACGAUUACUACAGGACAAAGAAAAAACACAACAAAACGGAAUUAACAAAAAGAAACAAAACAAUUAAACACUUCCAGGAAGACAGUUUGUCGGCAGAUGUACCACGACACAGAAAUAACAAAAGGAAACAAAACAAAUAAAAACUUCCAGGAAAAACACUUGGUCGGCAGAUGUACCACGAACACAGGCCGCGUGAACAAUGGCCGGGCUAACAAAAGCCGGGCGAACAAAGGCCGGGCGAUCGAGUGGUCGAUGAGCACGUCCGCGCGUGACGGGUGCCUCUAUCGGAAUGACAUGAGUUCUAAGGUCUCAGCUUUUACUUUUACAUCGGCUGACUAGCCUUUCAAACCGAAACGCAUUACGACUACAUAAUGACAUCCUUGCGGGCUCACAAGACGUCCUACCACCACUUUAUCAAACUCAUCUGUUAAUGAUUUAUUUAAUUAGAUGUAAUCGUAACAAGUUUGACAGUUAUUGAAAUCAACACUUUUAUAGUUUAUGAUGUAAUUAAUAGUGGCGUUUGUGACGUUGCUCAUAGUUAUUGAAAAAAAAAAUUUUAAUUGUUAGGACAUAAUUGACAGUGGCGUUUGUGACAUUCACUGCGAUGCAACGUAGUUUUCUUAGUCAAAACUUUGGUUCACCAUUUUUAUCUUUCCCUUUAGUGACCACUACACCUGAUCAUGGAAUAAUAUUCAAUCGAUUCACUUACAUUUCAAUUUGGUUAUCAUUUAAUUCUAGUAAUAAUAUUAAAGGUAUAUUAGGUUCAAAUACAAGAAAAAAAAGUACAUAUUUUUUUUGUCUAAUUUUGUUGUUCUCUUUAUUAAUCUAGUCUUUUAAUUAGAUUCUAAAAACUUAGAUUUUAAAUGAAACUAUAAAAAUAUAUAAUUAAAUUACAGAAGAA